CAAACUAUUUUCACAACUACAAUUAAAUACAUUUAUUGAGGCUGAUGGUAAUAUGAGCAAGUACACAGCAUUGAGCAGGGCUCAGCUCAGUUUUGAAUAUCUGCACACCAACAGCACAACUCAUGAAUUCCUGUUUGGGGCCCUAGCAGAGCUUCUCGACAACUCAAGGGAUGCUGCAGCCACAAAAGUCAACAUUUUCACAGUCCAAAGAGAAGACCUCCGAGGAGGAUGCAUGCUAUGUUUUCUAGAUGAUGGUGACGGUAUGGAACCAGAUGAAGUAUCAUCAGUUAUGAGAUUUGGGUCGUCUUGUAAGAAAUCUGGGGAGUCAAACAUGAUUGGACAGUAUGGUAAUGGCCUCAAAUCUGGCUCCAUGAGGAUAGGGAAGGAUUUUGUUUUGUUUACAAAAAAAGAAAAUACAAUGAGUUGUCUGAUGCUGUCAAGGACUUUUCACGAAACAGAGAAUUUGAACGAGGUUAUAGUGCCCAUGCCAAGUUGGAACAGACAAACCAGACUCCCACUUCCUGCUCAUGAUGACGACAGGGAAAAGCAUUCCAUUGAGCUGGAUUUAAUACUUAAGUACUCUCCAUUCAACACGAAGAAACAGCUGUUUGAACAGUUUGAUAAGAUUGACAGUGAUACAGGGACAUUGGUGGUGGUUUACAACCUAAAAACACUAGAUGAUGGGGAACCUGAAAUCGAUAUCUACACAGAUCCGCAAGAUAUACUGUUGACACAGAUGGACUACGAGAAAGAGUAUGAAGAUGAACGGGAGCACUUCACCAUCCCAGAGAAGAAGUCUUUUCGUGCUUACACGGCAGUUCUUUACCAAGAGCCCAGGAUGCGCAUCUAUGUGCAGAAUUCUAAAGUCAGAACUAAACGACUGGAAACUCUAACUCAUUUAACAAAACAGUACGAGUAUUCCUCAGCUCGGUUCAAAGCUCGAUCAGAAAAAGAAACAUUUGAAGCAGAAAACCGUUGCAAGCUGGCAGAAGAACGGGCACGAGAAGCUGAAUCAGAUGCGCGGAGCGUAGAGAGACGUCUAGGAGAGGGGGGGUCUAAGGAGGAGAGGAUGGAGAUGAGGAUAGCUCAGAGACAUGCUAUAGAGUGUAGGAGGGACUGUGAGGUUCUCAAGAAACUAGCUGAGAGAAAACGAAAAUCAUUGAAAGAACCAAAGACCCUCAGAUUCACAUUCGGUCUGAACAUCCAAAACAGGAAAUGUUUCGGAAUGUUUGUUUACAACUGCAGUCGCCUGAUAAAGAUGUACGAGCGCGUGGGACCUCAGCUAGAGGGAGGCAGUUCGGGUGUGGGGGUCAUUGGUGUUGUUAAUGUUCCUUAUUUAGUACUGGAACCUACGCAUAAUAAGCAGGACUUUGCUGACGCUAAGGAGUACAGGCAUCUGUUGCGAGCCCUAGGAGAGCACCUCCAUCACUACUGGCAGGUGUGUGGAGUAGUAGACCCCCGUACAGGAUCUGGUGUCAGGAACUUCUGGGCUGAGUUCGGAUACUUCACCAAUAAGUGGACUGAGGAACCCAGUCAGGAACCGAAAUAUAUGAAGAAACGACUCAUGAAGACUAACCAGUGGAUGCAAUGCGAUCGGUGUCUAAAGUGGAGAGUACUGCCGUUUUCUCACGCUAAUUACAAAGUCAACGAGAGCCUAAGUGACGAAUGGACUUGUCAUCAAAACCCUGAUGUCAACUAUAACAAGUGUAUGAUAGCAGAACAGCAGAUAAAGAUUCCCUCAGCCAGUAUUGCACAAAAACCUUUCGAGGAUAAAACUCCAAAAAAAGCAAUAGAGGCACCUCGUGAUCGGAAGAAGAGUGGGGAAGAAAGGAGGAAAUCUGCUGCUGAUGAUAUCAUCGCUAGACGUAGUUCUAAGAGGAGUGUAUCCCCUAUAGUAAUGUCCAGAACCCCGGAGACAGCUAAGAAGAGCUCCUCUAAACUUGUCUCUAAAUCCACACCUAAACCCCCAAAAGCAGUCGUAUCAGAGAAAAAGUCAGAUAAUGUGAAGGAGAACAGCUCGAGGAUUCCUUCAAAAAGGAACGCAGUGGAACCUCCCGGGUUUGACCGGGAAGAGUACAAACGAUUAAAAGAGAAAUACAAAAAGAAGGCUGCUGCUGCGGUUGAAGACGAGGAGGAGAGUGAGGAAGAGGAAGAGAAACCUACAGUAAAGAAGAAUGGUAUUCUCGGAAGUAAAAGGAGUAUAACCCCUCAAAAAAGUACAGAACUGCCGAACAAGAAACCGAAAGAGAACAAACCCAACAACCACCAUGCCGAUAUCGCUAGUCCAAACAAGAAUAACAACAUCGAGAAAGUUGAAGCUCCCCGAGAGGUGGUGAACCUUAAGAAAAUACAAGAUAAAUUAGCGGAGAGUUUGCGGCUGUGUUUACAUUACUUCUCCCCUCCCUCCUGGCCAACUAAAAAGGAGGAUCUUAUUAACCUGGACCUAGAUAAACUCCUAGACUUUCCUUUGAAUAAGUUUUUCGACACAUACGAAGUGAAUCUAACAGAACUGAUAGCACAGUAUCAGCAACACGCUUCAGACGCAGAGAAAAGGGCCGAGACAACCGAAACUAAACUAGCUAAUCUUAGAAAACUUGUCAUGCAGCUUCUAAAACCUUCUCUUAAUUUCGACACAGAAACAGACUGUAAUACAGACGAGAUAGGAGACAAUGUAGACGAGAUCCUAGCAGCGGUGGUAAAAGAGAGCACCAAGAGUAGUCAGCCAAGUGAUGUCACUUCGUGACGUCACACCCUCUCCCACGUGACGUCAUACCAACGUUCACGUGACGUCAUACUACCUCUUACAAAUGAGACUUGAUUGAAGGAGUUAAUUUAAAGUGUGUUUCUCAGAGCAGUGUGUUGCUUCGCGGCUUCGUUAAAAGAUUAAAUAAUGGAAAAUAAGAAUUCUUCUCCAGCUCUCAGAUCUAAUACACUACACAGCAAUUCUCUGAGAUGCGUGAAAAAUAUGAACAUUGUUUAAUUUGUUUGUUUUCCCGUAAACAUAAUUGCAAAAUUGUUGAUUUGCACUUUAAAAAGCAUUAAUCGUUUUCCAUUCAAAUCGUGUACUUCGUUCUCAUGUUUUUAUAACUUCAGUGAUCUGAAUUGGAAACUACACAAUAAGUACACAAGCAUUACAUAUUUUGAGGUUAAUAUAUAGAAUAAUAGACAAUAUAUUAUAGUUCAAUGUAGUAAGAGUACGAUUACAAUAUAUUAUAGUUCAAUGUAGUAAGAGUACGAUUAGAGCACCAUGUUUACAGAACUUACCAAUAUCUGGUUUUUUGUUUUUUUAUUAAUUUGUGUGACAUAGCUUAAAUUAAAAACUAGCAUUACUUAUAUUCUAAUGAUAAUAAUGAAGCAGUCUUCAAUCUUCAUCCACCGUAUAUAGUAAGAAGUACAGUUUGCAUAUAAAACACUUUUCGCUAUUUGAAGUUUAUUUCUUUCACAGAAUAAGAAAAUUGAAUGUUGAACGUUGGUAAUCUAGCUAUAUAAGUUAUGACGCAGCGCCGAGCAUUGCGCGCACAAUAAAAUAAUUAACUUAUUAACGAGGUGUAAGCUUGCACAAGAAUAUUAUUUCCACCAGGAGAAGCUCAUUAUGAUACACCCGAGAAAAUUUGGUUUUCGAUGGAAGUUUAGAAUUUGUUUAGAUGUCACACGUAGGAUCUAACAUUUUACUCUUGCUUUAUGUUGUCAUUAAUUAUUUUAAUUUUACUGCUAUUUUGAAGACAUCUAUUCUUGAGUAUUUCCUUACGUAGCCAACGUACGCGUUAUAUGGGGGGGGGGGGGGGGGGCAUGAUACCCCCGUUUUAUAUUACCAGCUAGAACUUAAUACUUAUGCAUGUGGUAUUUUGCGAUUCAGAAUACGAUUCAAAAAUUUAUAAAAAUUAGAUUAGAUUUGAUUACGCAUGAAAUUGAACCAAUUAUGCAUUAUAUAUCUCAAACUUACACUAUAAAUACUAUUAGGUUGUAAAAAACAAGAAGACAAAGAAAAUGCCUCCCAGAAGGAAAAAGAAAAGGCCCGCAAAGGUCAUAGACCUCGAAACAG